AUGGCGGGAGACGAUGAUUUGGUCGACUUUAACAUCAUUGAGGCACAGAAAGAGAAUGUUCAAUCUCUCCCUGGUGGUCGAUCAGCCCGGGAGUUGGCUCGCAUUUUCUCUGGAGGUAGCAUGAGCGACAAGACGGCGGCGCCUUCACCCAAUGACACAAGGACCAUCAACGGUGCAAUUCGACAGGAAUACGAAAAUGAGCUUGAGUCGAUAGGAGAGUCGGAUGACCCUCUUGACGUUUACGACCGCUACGUCAAAUGGACUCUCAAUGCCUAUCCGUCCGCUCAAGCCACGGCCGAGUCCGGACUCCUGCCCCUCCUCGAGCGUGCCACUAAGUCUUUCUUAUCAUCUUCACAUUACCGGAAUGAUCCACGAUAUCUGCGAAUCUGGAUGCAUUAUAUCCGACUUUUCUCGGAUGCCCCACGUGAGACCUUCGCCUUCCUCGCGCGCCAUCACGUUGGUGAGGGACUGGCUUUAUUCUACGAAGAAUUUGCCGCAUGGCUGGAGGGUGCCGGUCGUUGGACACAAGCAGAUGAGGUUUAUCGGCUAGGGAUCGAUCGUGAGGCUCGACCAGUCGAACGACUUGCCCGAAAAUACAACGAGUUCCAGCGGCGAUACGAACAACACACUCUGGAUGCUGGACCAUCUUCACCUGCCCUCCCUGCUGUUCGACCCGCUCUUGCGGCAAAGAAGGAUCCGUUCGCCUCACCAGAAACGUCCGCAGACCCGCAAGCGUCGCAACAAGCCCCCGUCGCUGCCGCCCCGGCCAAAUCGAAGUCUGGAAAAAUGAAAAUGGCAAUUUUCUCUGACGCUGAUGCCGCGCAGUCAAACCAACCGGCAACAAGCGGUCAAAAUAAGGGGUGGGAUAGCAUUGGAUCAAUGAGGGAACGCAGAAAGGAGAAUGAAAUGGAGGCGAAACCGUGGGCUGGGGAGACGUUGAAGGCAGGCAAAAAGCCAGCGCCCACACAAAAGAUGGCGAUUUUCAGAGACAAGUCCAAUCCAAUUUCACCUUCUGAUUCGCCAAAGGGCCCAAAAAAAGUUCCAGAACACCAUGUAAAGGAAGCUGUCAAUCCCCGGACCGGUCGGAGAGAGCGCGUGUUCGUCGAUCUAGAGGCAGUAUAUCCCGAUCCCCACAACCCAUUGAUCGAAGUCAGUUUCGAGGAAUUGCGAGCCAUGCGGCGUGGAUGGACAAGUAAAGAUUGGGGAAUACAAAAGGAGCCUUUGAGACCGAUUUCCGGCAACAAAGCUGGCGACGCUGCGCCCACGAAGCUCAAGAUAUUCGUCGAUGACCAACACAGGCAAAUGCCAUCGCAGAGAUUGGUUUCCGGUGAACAUGAAUCCCGCGCCAAACAUCAGGAGGAGGCUCAAGAGAACAAGGGGCCCAGAGAGAAGAAGUUCAAGGUGCAAGGAGAAACACAGACGAUCAAGAUGAAGUUCGACUCGCCGACAAACGCCAAGGUCCGAAGGAAGAGUACACGGGAGCCAACAAUGACGAUGCACACUCGGGCCGCUACGGAUGAAAUCUAUGGCAUCUUCAAUCAGCCACUCAAGGCUGAACUAGAAGAUCCGGCUGAUAGUCUUUAUGGCAGCGAAUACGAGGAUGAUGAAUGUGCUAGUACCGUCGAUAGCACAGGCACCGGUCACAUAUCCGCCGCGUCGAGUGACUUUGGCGACGACGAAACUCAAACAUUCCACAAGUCUUACGAUGACACGGAGUAUGGGGAUGGUAACACAACACGAGCCGAGAGUGUUGUAGGAGACGACUGGACAGAGUUCAGCGUCAGCAAGGACGUUCCCGGACACGAUCAUUAUGAUGGCGCGUCUGUUGCGAGCGAAGAGGACCCUGGAUCACAGACUGACUCUCCAACCAAGGAGCGUUUUGUGCCUCAGAUGCCUGCUGAUUACAACCCACCAUUUGGAACAUAUCGCGAUCCGGAUGUAAUGGCUCAAAAUCGGCUUCCUUUCAUGACACCUAUAGUAGAGCGAACAGAAUCUUCGAUUUCCAUGACAGCUGCGCGGAGCUUGUACAAUGCAAAGACCCCUUCAAAGCCGCGAUCCCCAGCGGCUGUACCUCAAAUGGGCAGCCUACUGGAGUCAAGUCCACUCGGAAAGUCUACGCCCUUUCGCGCGGAUCAUACUAUGAACUCAAUCAUUGAUGUGCCUUUCAGUCCGACUGCUUUCAGAACUUUGGCACCAAAGUCACGUCGGCGAGAUGCCAUCAUCAAAGACAUGCAGUGUAAUCCCACUGACAAGGGCAUCCGCAACACAAUUCUCAACUCAUUGGAGCCGCCAUUGGCAUGUUACGCAGGAUAUCAUAGUCAUAGUCAAGAGAGCCACUACUCCAGCAUGAUUCAGAAAUUCGUGAGGGCGCACCACCGCAAGUCAAAAUCCGCGGACGAUGAUCGAGGUGACAUGCCAGUGCUUGAGUUUAUAGGUGCCGAGCGCAGCUACAUCAUUCGUCGUGAGCUUGGCGCUGGCGCAUACGCCCCUGUGUAUCUCGCUGAAAGUAUCGAGAAUGCCCGAGCAUCGAAAGAGAACAGGGCCGAGAACUUUGUUGACAGUAUGGUCAGAGCUAAUCCGUCACGGGGACAGCGAUUUCCAUUCGAGGCGAUCAAGGUUGAAAAGGGACCCUCUAGUGCUUGGGAGUUCUACAUGAUCAAGACAGCCCAAGAACGUUUACACGAAGACUCUUUCUACGGACGAGCUGUGGAAAGUGUUGUCCGCGCCCAUGAGCUUCACGUACACCAGCGAGAAAGCUUCCUUGUCGAAGAUUACAGAGGCCAAGGCACACUUUUGGACCUAGUGAACGUUCUUCGCAAGGAUGUCAUCGGUACCGCGCAUUCUAGUGACGGUGGUUUGGACGAAUGCCUGGCGAUGUUCUUUUCAGUCGAGCUCUUCCGAACAAUCGAGGCACUUCAUGCCACGGGCAUUCUUCAUGGCGACAUCAAAGCCGAUAAUUGCCUUGUCCGCCUAGACGAGCCCUCGCCCUCUGAUCCACCCACCGAUUCCUUAUCCCUACUUGACCUGGCCAGCGAUGAAAAUGGCGUGGUACCUGACCCUCGAGACUCGCCUGCAUAUGCCCCUUCUGGUGCAUAUGGCUGGCACACCAAAGGUCUGGCGCUAAUCGACUUCGGCCGAGCCAUCGACAUGAAUGCGUUCAGCCCCAACGUUCAAUUCAUUGCAGACUGGGAGACAGGGACUCACGAAUGCAACGAAAUCCGCGAAGCUCGCCCUUGGACUCACCAAAUCGAUCUCUACGGCAUUGCAGGCGUCAUUCACGUCCUCUUAUUCGGCAAGUACAUUGAGAGCGCACCAAUGCGAACCAGCGACGGCGCACAAACACGCACGUAUCGCAUUCGCGAAACCCUCAAGAGAUACUGGGACCGUGAUAUCUGGAGUGAAGUUUUCGAUCUCCUACUCAAUCCAAGUGGCGACAAAUGGGUUGCAAUGGAGCUCGGCGAUGACUGGGCGGCCGAAGAGUCGGAUCACCACCCUGGUCCGGUACUACCGGUACUUAAGUCCAUGGCGUAUGUCCGGGGCCGAAUGGAGGAUUGGCUUGUUGCACAUGCUGAAAGGAAGGGUCUUGCUUCGCAAUUACGGAAGAUCGAGAUAGUUUUGGCAGACAGGAGAAAAAAGCUUGAACGUGUCUGA